CCUUCCAGGCCAACGCAGCUGCCGAGUUCCGAUCCAGCGACGCCAAAGCUCCUUCCUUCAUCCACCCCACCGGCGACCAGCCAGGAAAUGGCGGAAACGAGCUCCCUGCGGGUGACGGACGACCUCUUGGCGGAGAUCCUCCUCCUGCUGCCCACACCGGCCGACCUCGUCCGCGCCUCCGCGGCCUGCGUCACCUUCCGCCGGCUCGUCACGGACCGCGCAUUCCUCCGGCGCUUCCGCUCCCUCCACGCCCGGCCCUUCCUCGGUUUCCUCAACCACAACGGCUUCCACCCCGCCCGCCCGCCCCACACCUCCGCGCCCGCCGCCCGCGCCAUUUCCCUCGCCGCGGAUUUCUCCUACUCCUUCCUCCCUUCCCACGACAGCUGGAUCGUCCGGGACGUCCGCGACGGCCGCGUCCUCCUCGACCGCACCCCAGAGGACGACGCUGGCGAGGAUUCCCCUGUCUUCACGGAGCUCGCGGUGUGCGACCCUCUCCACCGGCGGUGCCUCCAGCUCCCCCCAAUCCCUGACGACCUAGCUGCUUCGGUGGAGCACCCACUCCGCGUGGAGUUGGAGCGCUGGUGCGAGCCCUUCCUGGCUCCCUCCGGCGAGGAGGAGGCGGAAGAAACGUCAUUCAGAGUGAUCUGGAUGGCGCAGUGCAAAACGAAGCUGGUCGCCUUCGUCUUCUCUUCAAGCACCGGAGAAUGGCAAGCCGUUGCAUCUCAGGCCUGGGGCGAUUUGUUAGUGGGCACCGGCGUGUCAACGGCGUCGUCCAAGAGCCCUGUGUUCUUCGGCCGACAAUACGCUUGUGCCUGCUUCUACUUGGUCAUGGACUGGAGGCAGAAAUUGCUCAUGCUUGACACCAGGAGGAUGGAAUUCUCCAUUGCCGACCUCCCACCUGGCUGCCGAAGGCCACCGAUUGCCAUUGUGGACGCUGGGGAAGGCAGACCUGGGAUGUUUGCUGUCCGUGAACACGAUGCAGAUGGCACAUUUGACCUCUAUUAUACCAUUAGGCAGAUCGAAGGUCCGAGUUUCAACCAGUGGCAGAUGGAGAAGAUGAUCCCAUUGGAAUCCGGUUACCGGUAUUUCCUGAGAGGUGCAACAGAGAGGUACUUGCUACUACUAAGAUCAGAAGAUGACUCCGCAAGUUCAUCAUCAUUAGAGAUGUCAGACUUGGAAUGUUUCUCACUGGAUGUCAAGACAUUGCAGCUUGAGAGCAUCUGCAGGUUGAAGCAUCACAUCCUACGUGCACACAUAUAUACCAACUUCCCACCAUCGCUGUCGUCACAGACAAUAUGAAGGGGUGUCUUUGUCAGGAUCAGAGCUACGAUCUAAGCAAUUUAGCGCACAAACCAGGAAAUUUAGCAGAAGAACAGAGCAAAUUGCUAGGGUUCUUGUUGAGAGUUUUGGGAAAGUUGGUACAGCACGCCACAGGCGGCUAGGGUUUACACCCAAAUCACAGAAUCAUGCCCUCUCCCGAGCAGGGUGGUUGGCUUUAUAGCCAUUACAAAAGAGAAAAGUGAAAGCAAGCAGAGACAGAGCACAUGCGCUUGUCGGAUCAGCUACAGCUGUGUCUGAAACAUGACCCGCCCUUGGAUAGCAGAUCGACGGAGGAGAGCUGCCCACUUGAUCGAACCGUUAUCUUCGCAUUAGAGCCACACGAUGAGAAAUCUACGGCUACAGUGACAUCUGGCACGCAGGAACAGGGGAAGGCUAUGAACUGGGCCUGACAAUACCCCCCAAUUGAAACGGAGCUUGUCCUCAAGCUCUAAAAGACGGAAAAACCUUCUGAAUGAAUGCAGAGUCUUCCCAAGUAGCUUCUUCCACAGGCAUGUUGGUCCAUUUGACUAGCCACCGAACGACAGGAAUACUGAUGUUUCCUUGCUUCCUUGGAACCAGGGUUCUUUCCAGGCUUCAGGCUCCACCUUGAUGAUUCCAUCAGGACCAACUAGUGGUAGUAUAGGGGAAGGGACAAUUGCUGGUCCUAUGUGCUUUUUAAGCUGGCUGACAUGAAAUGUGUCAUGCAGCUGACAACCCUCAGGCAAGAGUAAUUUAUAAGCAUGAUUUCCAAUUCUUUCCAUUACUCUGAAAGGGCCAUAGAACUUAGAAUGCAGCUUC